AUGCAACAAGAUCGUAACGCAGAGUUGAUCGGGUUGCUUGAUCUUGCCAUGAUCCCCGAUAAGGGCGAAACCGCCGUCGCUGAUUUUGCCGUCGAACUGUUCAGGGUUCUGGGUUAUGUUCGUCGGCAACGAUUGGCACGCACGAGAGUGGACCUCUCCCUUCUUAUUUGCGGUGAAGAGAGACAUGCCAAGACAGAUGUCUGUAUUGUUGAUCGCUCUCAGAAUGGUAUCCUUCUCCUUGUCCAGGAGGACAAGAGGUUGCAGCAAUUGGAGCCAGUCAAUGCGCGGGCUCAGCUUGUAGCAGAAGCAGUUGCGGCCUUUAAUGAGAACAACGCACAAAGGGAAUCCAUGGGACUUCCACCAUUGGUCAGCAAGGUGAGCCAUUUCUUGAGUCAUGCCUGGCAUCGUAAUGGUUGGCACGUCGCCCGCAUUCUUCAAGAUUCCCGUCACGCAGACCCUGUCGGAUCAUAUCGCUCAUGGGACCUAUCCUCCAGCGGAAACACAAGUCACUUAUUGCUAUCCACCUGUCCCUCGUCCUGCUCGUCGGCGAAGUGA